AGCUGUCGCUCCGAACAAGUUAAAUAUUCCUCGUACGCCUCAUAUUUGAUCAUUUUUUAUCAUGAUUCAUUAGCGUCAGAUCUACUUGGCUGGAAAAAGUGUGUCCUAUUUAUCUCAUGCAGAGGACAAACCGCAGAGUGAGACAGAACUGCUUCAGCUUGUCUUGCAUUGGACCUGCAGACAAACUGCAGAUCAAGGUGUUUCCUGAAGGGUGACUAGAGGAGAAAGUUUGAAUCCUCUUGGGGUCCGCGUCACAAAGCAGGUUUAGAGAAAAGUCUGAGUCUGUUAACCCUGAAAUGAGGUUAACUUGCAAGUUUUCCAUUUCACCAAGGGAAGUAAUUCAACCUGAGAAAUAGGGGUAACUCUAACCUGUUUCACAGAGCAAGGUAGCUUAACCGCUUGGUCAGUUAACAUAGCAACAGACUCAACAGACCUAACCUGGUCUGGAGAAGGCUUUUCUCAAUGAACCUUGAGUUUCUCUCUUGUCGCUGCUUUUUUUCAGCCAUACACAUGAUUUGACUUCCUUAUUCAUUCAGUCAGCAUUUAAAAAAAGGAAAAAAAAAAUCAGUCUUAGGCCCAUGACAUAUUAGAAGUCCAUUCGGCACAGUAGGUGCGAAUUUCUUUCACUAACAUGGCGUGUCCUUUUCUUAACGAUCCCGUGGAUGAAGGUGCGGCAUUACUGCGUAGAGAAUUAAAUAUUGGUAGGGAGGUGACUAUCAGACCACGCAUAGAUGUUCUGGCAUUCCCAGACAGUUAUCUUUUUGAGCGGUACCGUUUCACAUCAGAGUCCAUCAACUACAUACACAACCUCAUCCGCCCUCACAUUCGUAACAUUACCAAACGUAGCCAUGCGCUCACUUCCCAGCAGAUACUGUGCGUUGCACUGCGUUUCUUUGCAAAUGGAAGUUUUUUGUGCAAUAUCGGAGAUGCGGAGCGCUUGAGUAAGUCAACUGCAUGCAGGGCAGUCAGAAAAGUGUGCCUCGCCCUGAAACGGCUGUUACCCACCUUUGUCGUUUUCCCUGGACAUAAACCUGUCAGAACCAUCAAGAAGGCGUUCCACAAGAUCGCAGGAUUUCCCAAUGUGAUUGGUUGCAUAGACGGCACACACGUCCCCAUCACGGCUCCCUCUCGUAAUGAAGCAGAGUACCUGAAUAAGAAGUCCAGUCACAGCAUAAAUGUGCAGAUCAUUUGUGAUGCUGCAUACAUGAUUUCCAAUGUGGAGGCCAAGUCACCUGGGUCUGUUGAUAACUCGAAGAUUUAUCACGAGUGUAGCCUGAGCGACAGAUUGCAACGUGGGGAGUUUGAUGGCCAUCUGCUGGGUGACAGCAGUUACCCAUGCCAACCGACCCUGCUGACCCCUUACCCUGACCCCGAACCAGGCCCCCAACAGAACUUCAACCAAGCUCUCUGCAAGACGAGAGCCCGGGUGAAGAGGACCAUAGGCCUGCUGAAAUCCCGUUUCAAGUGCCUGCGUCACCUCAGGGUGACCCCCGACAGGGCCACUGAUAUUAUUGUGGCGUGCGUUGUCCUUCAUAACAUUGCCACUAUUAGAGGAGAGCAACGACCUGCCCUCCAAAUCGAAGACCCCGAUGAUGACCCCAUUCACCUGCCGGGUUCGCAGGACGGCAGAGCAGCCAGAGACGCGAUAUGCCAGAAUCACUUCGGAGAUGAAACCGCCACCAACACCACCACACCCAAAUAAAGACAACACAGCCUUUCAUUUGGUCUUCUUUAUUUCCUACAAAUACAAGAGCCAGUUUAGUCAAUGUUCCAAUCAUUAACAUUCAUCACCUGUGACCAUGGACCCACCUCUAACUUGUGCUCCAGUAUUUCAAUUUCUAGAUCUGCCCUCCUAAUCUGGCGGUCCAAGAAUUCCAUUUCUUUGUCGGUUUUUUGGAUUUUUUUCAGCAGGAAUACUUUAUAGAUCUCUUUAACUGGUAGCUGGGAACACAUUAGGGGGACAUUUCGUGAUACAGGCGCACAUGAAUUCCACAGAAUGAACCUUUGGUGCUAACUCAACAUCCAUCUCACUGUGUCAAUCUGUGCAGUGGAUUUUUGGGGACCCUCCUGCUGCUGCCCAGCCAUGUCCUGUUAAAAAGGAUGACAUUGUGUUAAUACUUCCUUGUAGGCUAAGUGUCACACUCUGUAUUUUACCAGAAUGUUAAGAAAUGUAAACGGGAAGAGUACUAUCAGUAAAGUAUGAAGAUGUUGCCUCGUUAUGCUUUUCUGGAUCCCACUCUGUGAAGGCAGCAGACACAGUUUCCCCGUGCUCUUCAUUCUAGAUGAGUGAUACGUUUCAAUAUACAGUGCUUAAACUACCAUUUGGCAAAAUCUUUGGAGUGUUGCUUUCCAUACUUAAAAUUAGAAGGUCUUUUGUGGUGUGAGGGAGCUCCACCAGGCAGAGAGCAGCAUCGGAAUCUGUUGGAGGGGGGAAAAAACACAUGAAAGGGAAAAAUAUUUUUAUGAAUAGGCUUAAAGAAGAAAGGCCUGAAAGCCAAGGCAUAAUACAUUUUAGAAAGGCACUUGUGUCUUGGGGUGUGGCCUCAGUGGCUGAGCUCCCUCCAGGGAUUCCCUCGACCUCUGGCCUUUCUAAAUUCUGGCUUGGUACCAGCUCCUCAGGCUCCAUUAGAGGUGGUGUUCCAGGGUCACCAUCCGUUUUACAGCCAUCUGCCUUCUUUCUGUUGACUGAGUAAAAGUCUGUGUUAGUUUUGAUUUAAUUUAUUUGACUGACACAUUACAGAUGUGAAGGUAUUUGUGAAAACGGCAUUAUGUUAGGGAUCAAACCGCCGCAGUCAAACAUCACAGCAUGUAAAACAUGAUCAAAAUGAGGCACCCAUGAGAUUGUGCCGAGGUCUCACCUGUUUGAACAAUGUUUUUAUAUUUCAUCUUAACCUGCUGCCAAGUGCGCUUCUCCCCCACAGGGUAGCACCUAAUUGAAAUGAAAUGAAGCAGUUUUCCACUGUGGUAUUAUUGUCAUUGCAGAGGACUACAUAUAAACUUACUUGUUGAUCCGGGCAGCAAUGCUCUUCCAAGCCGUCUCCCUCUCUUUGGCAGCUGCAGCCUUGUUGCACUUCUUUCUGAAAACAUGUUCAAACUCACUGUAUGACUGCAUUAAGACGUCCAAUUCUUGUGGGGUGAAAAACGCAGCCCGCCUCUUCCCUGUUGCCAUUGUUACUUGCCGACUCAGGGCUCCAUUGAUGUUGUGUUUUUAUAGUUGUGGCACAUCCACUUAACUCUGGGUGAAACUACUCCAAGUUGAUCAAACUAACUGAAAUCAGCUGCUCUGGAACAAUUGAGGGUUUCCUGUCUCAGAGUAGAUCACCUCAGAGUUUGCUCAACCUGCUUUGUGAAGGUGGCCAGUGUUCACUGUGCCUGGAGGACUCAGACUGUGCUCUCACG